AUGGCCGAGCAAGCCAUUAUCAUUGACCACGGCUCUGGCUUCCUGAAGAGUGGCCUGUCUGGCUGGAAUGAGCCCCAGAUGGUCUUUCCGAGUGUGGUCAACUACAUUCCAUGCCAGGAGAACCCUGGUCCUAGCUCCGCCCGCCGGAAGGUGGUCUUGGGCUUCGACUUUAACCACCCCAAAUCCUUCAGCUAUCCCAUCGAGCGUGGCCACAUUGUCAACUGGGAGGGCGUGGAGCAGUUGUGGUCGUUCGUCCUGGAUAAGCACCGGGAAAAGCACCAGGAUGCCCCCGUGAUUGUCACACAGAACCCCCUGUGGGAGCCAGCAGACCGACACCACACCCUGGAGGUGAUGUUUGAGCUAUUGGAUGUCCCGUCCCUGCUCUUGGCCAACCAGAUGGAGAUGUCCCUGUACUCUUCGGGCCUCAUGACGGGUGUGGUGCUGGAUUCGGGCUACGGCCUGACCCGUGUGCAGUCCUUCCAUCAGGGCUGCCCCUUUGCUGCCAGCGGGAAGACACUGAAGUUCGCUGGCCAAGACCUCAUUGCCUAUCUCUUUAAGGGCCUCUUCACAGAGGACUACAACAGCUGCAACCUGUUCCAGCUGGAGACGGUGACCAACACACAGACGAGCAAGUGCUAUGUGCCGCAGAACCUGGCCGAGGAGCUGAACUUACGCCAGAGCAUGCCCAGUGGCAUCAGUGAGAGCAACGUGUGCUUGCUGCCCAAUGGCCGCCCUGUGGAGCUGACCCCCAUGCAGCUCAUGGCGCCUGAGAUGUUCUUCAGUCCACAGCUGUUCGACCUACCGGGUCCCAGCUUCUCCAAGGCCAUAAUAGAGUCGGUCAAGACGUGCGAGGACUCACUGCAGCAGCCGGUCCUGUCCCAUGUGGUGACCUGUGGCGGCAACACGCUGUACCCUGGCUUUAUCCAGCGCCUCUACCGGGAACUCCUCGAGCACUUCUUGUUUCCCAAGACCACCAUGUGGGAGAAUGUCAAUCGCAACUUCAGUGUCUGGCUCGGGGCCUCCGUCGUGGCUCAUCUGUCCUCCUAUAAAUCCGAGUGGAUUACCAGGGAGGAGUAUGAUGAGGCGAUUCGCUCUUAG